AUGAAGUUACAUCUGGCCCUGGGCCUGUUGUUUGUGCUCGCGACCGCUGAAGCUGUGGGGGCUUCGAGCUGGUGGAGCAAGGCUGUUUACAACAAGUGGCAUGAAACUGAGCUUGAGCGAUGGCUCUCUGAUCAUGGUAUUCCCUUCCCCUCACCCGCCGACCGCCGCGACCUCGAAGGCCUCGUCAAGACCAACUGGGAUUCCAAGGUGCAGAAGCCUCUCGGCUAUGCUGCCGAGCAGGUCACCGACGACCUCCAAUCUGCCAAGGAUUGGAUUUUUGAUAGUUGGUCGGAUUCCCAGUUGAAGGCAUUCCUUGAUUACCACGGCAUUCCCGCCCCUCAACCCCGCCAACGUGAUGUCCUUGUUAAGACAGCCCGCGAAAGCUAUGACGCUGUAGCGACCAAAAUUGGGGAGACCACCGCGUACCCCGGAGAUUGGCUGUAUAGUCAGUGGUCCGAAUCAGAUCUCAAGGGAUGGCUUGAUGAGCGUGGAUGGCCAGUUCCCCAGCCGACCAACCGUGACAAUCUCAUCGCGUCUGUGCGUCGCCACUCUCGACUCGCUAGCCUCCAGGCGAAAAGCAUUACUGCAUCAGCUAUGGCUGCUGCUGAAUCUGCAAAGGACACAUUGAGCGAAGAGGUCUUCAACGCUUGGUCCGACUCCAAGUUGAAGGAAUUCCUCGACUCGCACGAUGUUAAGGUUCCUCAGGGUUCCAAGCGUAACGAGCUUAUCGCGCUUGCACGAAAGAACCGCCAUUAUCUCCUCGUGAAGGCUUCUAGCGCAUCAUCCGCUGCUUCCUCUGCGUUUGGUGCUGCCACUACUCAGGCUGGAAACGAGUACGCGAAGGCGACUGAAGAUGCCCAGAUGAAGAUCGAUGAUCAGUUUAACACUGCAAUCCAGGCAUGGUCUGACUCCCGUCUUAAAGCCUUCCUGGAUGCUCGAAGCGUUCCGGUUCCCCAGAAUGGCAAGCGUGACGAGCUCAUUGCUGCGGUCCGCGCAAAUGCCCACAAGGCCGCCACUGGAUGGAAUCAGGACAACUUUGAUACCUGGGAUUUGGAACACCUCAAGAAAUACUUGUCUGCCGUGAACUCUAAGGUGGCUAAUAAGGCCGAUGCCACUCGCCAGGAGCUUGUCAAGGAGGCCAAAGACUCUUACGCCAAGGCUUCGAAGGAUGGCGGUGAACACCUCGCAUCAGCUUCCGCAUCUCUCGCCCAGGUCACCGGAUCCGUCAAGGAUACUACCUUCGAGACAUGGUCGCAGUCCGAUAUCAAGAAGUACCUCGAUUCGUAUGGAAUUCCUAGCUAUCAAGGCUCGAAUAUCAACGAGCUUCGCGCUACAGCCCGGCGUCAGGCGACUUACUGGAAGUAUGGCACCAACAACCCGCAGGAUACCAUCUCUAAGCUCCUGUCUACUUUGUACUGGGCUUUGGAUCAGUUGAAGGUCGGAGCUUCCAGCGGUCGGGCACAGGGCCAAGAGGCUGCUGAGAAGGCCACCGAUCAGGUCCGUGACAAGGCCGAGAAGUUGCACAGUGAGCUUUAA